GUUCAAUCCUACAUAAUCGUGACUUAAAUAUUAAGCCAUGAAUUAAUGCAGAAUAUUUCACUAUAGAAGAUAAACAAAUCAUUAUCAUUAUUUUAUUGAAAAUGAUGAUGGGCUGCGACAGUAACUAACCUCUCAUCAUUGAUGCUAGUCCAUUAGACCACGAAACGACGUCGUUCAGGCAUCCAACUAGAACAAUUAAUUAUUUUAGCCCUUAAUUAAUCGAAUUAAUUGUCACUAAUUAAUUUGGUGCGCCCCUGAGCUACAAAUAGGCCGGCCAAGUUCAUUAACCCGCUCUGUAUUUAUCGGAAUUAUAUAUCAGUUGUGGGGAAAGACAAAAUAUUGAAACGCAGAGCACUCGGUGAAUCACCAAUGGCGACCAAAGUUUAUAUUGUCAAUUUUCGAGCAUGGAGUUGAGAUCAUAUGUUGGGACCUCAAUUCGUGUUACACAAAUUCUUGUGUGAGGUACUAUUCAAUGUAUGGGCAUGUGGAGAAACUAGCUGAAGAGAUAAAAAAGGGAGCUGCAUCUGUUGAGGGAGUUGAGGCCAAACUAUGGCAGGUCCCCGAGACACUACCAGACGAGGUCCUUACGAAAAUGAGCGCACCUCCAAAGAGUGAAGUGCCCCUUAUCACACCUAAUGAACUUGCUGAGGCCGACGGUUUCGUUUUUGGCUUUCCCACAAGAUUUGGAAUGAUGGCUGCCCAGUUCAAAGCUUUUCUUGAUGCAACUGGGGGCCUUUGGAGGACACAGAAACUCGCCGGAAAGCCUGCCGGAAUCUUCUACAGCACCGGCUCCCAGGGCGGCGGACAGGAAACUACAGCAUUGACUGCAAUAACUCAGCUUGUUCACCAUGGAAUGAUUUUUGUGCCUAUCGGUUAUACAUUUGGUGCCGGCAUGUUUGAGAUGGAGAAAGUGAAAGGUGGAAGUCCUUAUGGUGCCGGAACUUUUGCCGGUGAUGGUUCGAGACAGCCAUCUGAGCUUGAAUUAGGUCAGGCUUUUCAUCAAGGGAAGUACAUUGCCACCAUUGCCAAGAAACUCAAGGGGGCUGCCUGAUCUAAGUUGGCUCUUCCGGAUACAAUUAUACCGUUCGCGCAAUUUUUUUAUGAUUUUUCUUUUUAUCUUUUUUUUUUAAUUUUUUUUUUUUUUUUUUUUUCAUGUUAUAAGAUUGCAAAUGUGAUUCUUGAAGUGUCAUGUACACAGGUUAUGAAUCUGGCAUUACAAUACUACUGUCUCCAACAUCUUACAAUAUCUGAACCGUGUGAUUAUAAGUGAUUGUUGAAAUUAUUUGCAUUUCCUCUUAAUGUUUAGUAAUGUUUAUUCUCUCGUAUUUCAAUCUUUUGGAACUGCCCAGUUUCCCUUUUCUCCAUUUGGUGGAACUGCAAUUGAUGCAGUUCU